AACUACCCGUUCGGUUAUCUUAGAUCCAAUUCGAAUCCCCGCCGGUAUAUGUAGCGCUCUCACGUCAGUCUUCUUUCACCUGUCGAUUCAGCUCUAGGGCACAAGAUGUCAGACAUAUCUCAUAGUACCCCUGAGCAACUUGUGGCAGCUAUACCCGUGAGCGACGAUCGAGGACAAUCACUUGAAGCGUUCAAGUCAAAGCUUCAUAACGCGGGAUUAUACCAGCCUCCCUCCGACGACACACCUGCAUCUCAUGAUGACACAACUCUGCUGCGUUUCCUACGAGCUCGGCGGUAUGACAUAGACAAAGCACAAAAACAGUUCUCAGACACAGAAACCUGGCGCAAACAACAUAACGUCGACGAGCUGUUUCGUACCUUUGAGACUAACGAGAUGGAAUCAUCCAGGAGGUUCUACCCUCGAUGGACAGGUCGUCGUGACAAGACUGGCCUGCCGGUCUAUGUAUACCGUCUGGCAUCCUUGGAUACCCCGCUCCGGAAGGAACUUGAGUCUGUUUCUGCUGAGCGCCGAUACCAGCGAAUCGUUGCGCUUUACGAGGCAAUGACGCUCUUUGUGCUGCCGUUGUGCUCCCAUCUUUCUGCACCAACAUCGAUAUCAUCAGUGACUACUAUAAUCGAUUUGGAGCAGGUAACCUUAUCUGCUAUGUGGUCUCUACGAAGCCAUCUUCAGGUAGCUUCUACAAUGGCUACGGCGAAUUAUCCAGAGACCCUCCAUACAAUCGCCAUCGUGAAUUCGCCAUCUUUCUUUCCCACAAUAUGGAAUUGGAUCAAGACCUGGUUCGACGAAGGUACUCGCAGCAAAAUUCAUAUCUUGGGCAAGAAUCCAGGUCCUACAUUGAGAUCGCUAAUUGAUGAGAAGGAUAUUCCGCAGUCCUAUGGUGGACAGCUGCCAUGGAAAUUUGAAGAUGACCCAGACCUAGAUGACGCAAUUAAAGAAACUAUUGGUGAUAUGCCCAAGGGCCCAGUACUCUUUGUAGACGGUUCCAUCGUAAAGCCCUGACGUCUUCACGAGAUAUCAUCAGUAAUUAAAGGUCUUCUGACGUUGUAUGCUACAUUACAAGUGGGGAUGUGCAACUUGUGUACGAUGAUAUAUAAGAUAAGUCGACAGUGAGUGGAAAAAAAUCUGCGUGCAGGGAAUAUACAUCUAUACAUCGUCAUCUUCAGGUUCUGCAGUGACACCAUCCUCAUUCCAAACUUCAAUAAA